AUGUGUCCUGACACCCUGCUUCGAGAUCCUUCUUCGGCCCUUCCACUUCCCUCUCUUCCGUCGCUUAUUCUCCUUUCCAUGUUGGCAGCCUCCAUCUCCUAUGUUGCCUCCAACUGUGCUGCCCCCUCCUCUUCUUUUCUACCUACUCGUUCUGAGGCAGAGGCUGAUACUCCUCUCUCGCUUUCGCCCAUGGACGACUAUCCGACCCCCUUUGGAACCACCCCUGUGCCUUCCCUCGACCUCUAUCUUCCUGACCCAGAACCCGCCUAUCCUCUCCCCCUUCCCCUCACCUGGUACGUGUCAGCAGGGUUAGGACGGUCCACUUCCAUCCUUUCCCCCACUUCCCUUGGCUCUCCUGCACUUGGGUCUGCACUGAUUCCCACCACUUCCACUCCUACCUUCCUUUUCCCCCCUCUUCAGUGCCUCUUCACUCCUCCAACCUGUCUGGGUUCUCUUUUCUUGCCCCCCUCCCCCUUUCUUAUUCCCCCCAAGCCCUUUCGUCCCAAAGUUUUUUUGCCUCUUUCUCCUCCCCCCUUAGUGGCUUCUCGCUCAGCCUCCCCUUCUCUUCUCUCUGGUAGCGGCCCCCUGCCCGCUCCCCUUAUCAUCCCGCCUUCCGCUUCUCUUAACCCAUCCCCUCCUACACGUCCUCAUCCUGUUGAAUCCUUUCCUAUCCUGCCUUCUGACCUCUACCCUCGAGAUUUGGGGUACCUUCCGGAGUCGUCCGAGGCAUCUGUUAAGUCCAUCUCUCCCCUCACGGAGGUUAGCGUAGAGAGGGUCGACAGAGAUGGAAAUUUCCAAGAACAAGAGCCUUCUGAAGGCCAUGAUUCUCCGAUCUCUCCCUCUUCGGCCGAGGACAGAGCCGAGGUGGUCGACGGGACAGGAUCGACAAGGAGUCGACAAGAAUGA